CUGUGGAAUUGUGAAGACAACAAGAUGAAUAAAUUAAAAAAUUUUCUGAUUGUUUUUCUUAUUAUUUCCGAAUUUCAAUAUUCAAAGUGUUACAAAUGGAUUUCUUUAAAAUCUGGAGAUAAAUUACCCGAAAAUGCUGUUUCAAUCGCUGGAAGUGAUAGUAAAUAUGUUGGUAGGACAAAAUAUUUAAACACUAUGCAACUGGCAGAAAUUUCUACGGGCUCUUAUCGAGAUUCGGUAGAGCAUGCUACCCUUAUACUUUACUCUAGUAAAAUAGUUCGACAUCAGUUUGAAGUGUUAGUUGCCACCGGAAAAUGUGAGUGGAUUUUUUUUGAUAAAAAUCAUAUCCCGGAAAAUAUUGUUCGUGGAGGAACUUCUUGGAAUUUAGAGCCUGUUUUUGUUGGACGAGAACUUGGAUCCAUUGUAUCGAUUUUUGUAACUUUGAACAAAAAGCAAUCAUUUCCUCAAUAUCCUUAUCCUGUUAGUAAUAGUCCUUUCUAUAAUCUGGAAGUAUUAAUCUGUGACAGUAACCACAAAUGGAUUGAUGCAACUUCAUCAAGUGUUCCUGAAAAUAGUAUUAGAAUAGGAAACGAUGAUGGUUAUGUGGCUCGCUUACUUGGACCUAAUCUUCAUGUUCCAGGAAUUGUUUAUCCUAAAUCAAAUCAAACUUCAAUAUGGUAUAAGAACAAUAAACUUGAAUCGUUUAAUAUUGAAGUUCUAGUUGGUGAACCAAAACAAUAUAAAUGGAAAAAUAUGAAACCGAAAACUGGAAUUCCAGAGAAUGCAGUUGUUUGUGGUGUAUCAGAUAACCAAGAAUUGACUUAUAUUGCUAAAACAUGUGAUAUUUAUGGUGAAAUAAAAGUGUUUCCUAUAACAUUUUCUGAAACUAAUUACAUCGAUGGUAUAUUUAAAAUUUUAGUUGAUACCAUUAACACGUAAUAAUUUAAAUAAAAAUUUGUUUGCGUUAAUUUUGCUGUGAGCUACAUAUUUUUUAAGCAAUAAAGCCACAUUGAAGCCACGUUUAGUUAUUUUUUUUUCAUUUACAACAUCAACCAUCAGCCA